AUGGCGGACGAGGGCCGGUACUAUAGCGCUGCCCGGUGGUCGCACGGACCCCCGGUGGCGCAGAACAGCGGUCAGGCUGAAGUGUCGCCCCAGCCCCUCCGGUCCUGCGCGCUGCCGAGAGGACCCCAGGCUCCCGGCUCGGGAUCGCUGCCGACCCCUCUCACCCUGGCCGUCCUGUCUUUCCAGGCUCAGUCACUCACUGGGGGGCACAGAGGCCAGAGCUUCAGAUCCUUCUGCCUUCUUCUCCAGAUCCCGUAUGGAAAGAAGUACGACAAGACCUGGCUCAUCACGGCCCUGCAGAACUUGUGCACGGUGCCCUUCACCCCAGUGCAGUACCACUGCGAGGGCAACAAAGCCAUGUUCUAUAUAGAGGACGCUACCACGGCCAACGCCCUGUCCAAGGUGUCGCGCAAGAUCACGGACACCGACGGGUACAAGGUCUCCGUCAUCAUGAACCCCUCCCCGCCCCCCCCCAGCAUCCAGAGCGAGCUCAAGCCCGAGGACCUGGAGCACAUGAAGCAAUGCAUGAGCAAACGUUUUGAUGCACCCCAGCAAGCGCUUGACUUGAACAGCAUCCGGACAGACCCAGACCUGCUGUCCCACAACAUCGAGGUCAUCCUGAACAGGAAGAACUGCAUGCAGGCUGUCAACAAGAUCAUCGAGGAGAACAUUCCAGAGCUCGUCUCCCUCAAUCUGAGUAACAACCGGCUCUACAAGCUGGACGACAUGGCCGAGCUGGUGGGCAGGGUGCCCACGCUGAAGAUCCUCAACCUGUCGCACAACGAGCUGAAGACGGAGCGCGAGCUGGACAAGAUCAAGGGGUUCAAGCUGGAGGAGCUGUGGCUGGACCGCAACCCCCUGUGCAACCACUUCAAGGACCAGUCCACCUACAUCAGGUCAGUGCGCCGCCGGGCAGGGGCCGCGGGGCGGGGGGGCGGGGGGGUGGGGUUCGUGCAGGGGGGCACCAGCUGGCCAGAACUGGUGCUGUUCUGUGCCCACUGGCCCACAGACACCCCGACCUGGGGAGAACGGGGGAGGAGAGGAGGCCAGGCGACGGGCUGGUCCGGACCCACAGGGAGAGUGCUCGGCUCCCAUGGGGCUCUGCUGUGUCUGAUCCUGCAUUUCCUGCAGCAGUACUACAGUGUGUAUGACACAGCUGACAGACAGCCCCUCCUGGAUGCCUAUCACGACGGGGCCUCGUUCUCCAUCAGCAUCCCGAACUCCUCCCAGAACCCCUCCAGGAGCAGUCUGGGCGACUACCUGAAGGACAGCCGCAACAUCAAGAGGCUGAAGGACCCCACCAUGCGGUUCCGCCUGCUGAAGCACACAAGGUUAAACGUGGUGGCUUUCCUGAAUGAGCUCCCCAAGACACAGCAUGACAUCAACUGCUUCGUGGUGGACGUCAACACCUACACGAACACAUUGCUGUCCUUCACAGUCAGCGGGGUGUUUAAAGAAGUGGAUGGAAAGUCCAGAGACUCUGUCAGAGCCUUCUCCAGAGCAUUCAUCGCAGUACCUGCAGGGAACGCGGGGCUCUGCAUAGUGAACGACCAGCUCUUCGUGAGGAACGCCACGACGGAAGAAAUCCGCAAGGCGUUCGCCACACCGGCGCCCACGCCCUCCAGCAGCCCGGUGCCCACGCUGUCCGCUGCCCAGCAGGAGAUGCUGAACGCCUUCUCCCUGCAGUCGGGCAUGAACCUGGAGUGGUCUCAGAAGUGUCUCCAGGACAACGAGUGGGACUUCAGCAGAGCCGCACACAUCUUCACACAGCUGAAAGCUCAAGACAAGAUCCCUCCAGCUGCUUUCAUGAAAUGAAGAGGAGAAGGGUGUUGUAAAUGACUGUGGUUGUGACACCACAGCAUGAAGAAAUGGAACUACGUCCUGUUGUUUUUAUAUUACCUUUUCGUUUUUUAAAAAAACCUUCCCUGAACAGAACUGUUGACUGUGAACCUGUGACCUCAGCAAAAGCUUCAGUACAGGCCUGCCCCGGCCUGUGUGUAGAUACUCACCCUUACCGCUGUUAAACAGCCAGUCUCCCCGGCAGACCUGGCGCUCGGAGUUUCCUGCGUUUUGGCUUUAAUAGUGUGAUUUUAUAAGUGCACAUCUUGAACAGAAAUAAAAGAAACUGAGAAAUGGAAAGCAGA